AUGCCAAAACGAAAACAUUCCGAAGUCGAAGGCGAAGACCACGACGAAAAGUUCAACCGCGUAAAGGCAACCCGCCUAGGCCACAAAUUCGAACGAGGCACGCAACUACUCUUCCGCGCUUUGAAGACAUCUCGAGGAUUCGAAAGACAGAAAUUGGGCAGACGACAGAAGACAGCCAAAAGCGAGAAGGAUUCCAAGACGUUGGAGCGGUUGGAGAAGGAGGUUCAUGUUUUGAAGGCCCUUGAUCUUGAAGAGACGGCGCAACGAUACCUUCUCAAACAAUUGAACAAGACGAAACGGAUUGCGGAGUCUCCCGAAUUUGUCCGACUCGAAAAGAGCAUUAAUGCUUCAAUCAACGCUGGCCCCGGACCACGAAACCCCGCCGAAGCAAAUGUUACGGCGCGACUGUUCAAAUCGAAUCCUGUACAAAAUGCGCUGCCUGAAAUAUUGACCGAUAUUCGAACUCUGCUGGGUAUUAAUGAGACAUCUACGAAAAAGCAGCAGCCACAGCAGCCAAAGAACGUGGAAAUGGAAGCUGCUCAGAAAGACGAGAGCCCCGAAGAGUCAACAGACGAGCCAGAAAGGAAGCCGGAGGAUUUACCUUCAAAGAGCGUAAAAGAUGGCAAAUCAAAGGUACAGUACCUGAACGAUGUCAAUAUGGACGACGUAUCCGACGACGAGAGCAUGGAUCUCUCCCAAUUCGAUUCCCGUCUCGCCUCAGCAUCUGAAGGCUCAGAUUUUGAUGACGAGAACAACUUCCCCGUCAAACCCACCUUGACUUCGAAUAAAGGUAAAUACGAGAUACCGGGCGACAUAUCAAUCUCUUCCGCAGAACCAUCAUCUGUAUCCGAAUACUUAUCCGAACAAUCCGAAUCCGAAUCUGAAUCCCCGCAACCAACCCUUACGAAAUCCAAGCCCAGCAAGAAAGACAUCAGUGAUGCCAAACCUCCAAAAGACACCACAUUCCUCCCCUCCCUAAUGAUGGGUGGCUACUGGUCCGGCUCCGAAUCCGAGCCCGAAGAAGACGACGAAGUCGCCGCCGCCGCUACUGGCAGCAAGCCCCAGAGGAAAAACCGAAUGGGACAACAAGCGCGUCGAGCACUAUGGGAAAAGAAAUUCGGCGCUAGAGCAAAACAUAUCCAGGAAGCGCAGCAACACCAACAAAAGAAGAAUAAGAAUAGUGGCUGGGAUGCGAGGCGGGGUGCUACGGAUGACCACGACAAACCGAAAUGGGCUGGUGGUGGUGGUAAGCGUCAAUAUACUGCUGAUUCGUCGCGGGAUAAUGUUGCUGGGGAGAAGGAUGUUAGGAAGGAGAAUGCCAUAGCCGCAAAUAAGAAGAGUGCUUCGGUCGGGUUGCAUCCGUCCUGGGAAGCGGCGAGAAAAGCCAAACAGGAGAAGGCCCAGGCUUCGUUUCAGGGGAAGAAGAUUACUUUUGAUUAG